AUGAACUAAAAUAGACUAACAUAUGAUAUAUAAAGAAGAAAAGAAAGAAUGACGAAUUACUUUAUGGAAUAAUAGUAAUUUUAAGAUUUCACUAAACCUGAAAAUCCAAUCAAAAUUUUAAAUCCAAAUAAGGCUCCUUAACAAUUAGAAUCUCCUUUGGUCAAUUAAGUCAAAUUUUAUUUUUAAAAUCGUGUUAAUAGAUUAGAAUUUACGUAAUUAUUUGAAGGAAGAGAAUCUUUUACAUAAAUGUUCGUGACUAUUCUCUUUACAACACUCUAAAUUCUAAUUUUUGGCUUUGCCGCAUAUUAUUUAAAUUAUAUAGGCAAAACUUUUAUAUGUUUAGUAAUAUUAGUGAAUGGAUUUCAUAUAUUAGGAUUACAUGUGUUUUAUUUUUCAAGUACUUUAUAAUUAUUAAUCAAAUAGAAAACUCUGAUAAAGCCUUGGCUUACUUUUUCAUAGUCUUAAUAUUGUAAUUCCUUCUCUGUAAUCAACUUUGGGGAGGAGGGUUACUCAAUAAUAUCUUUACUACAUGUUAUGUAGUGUAUAAUGGAUAUAAAUUCGUAAGAUAAUUACCAGUUUCACCUCCAAAAUGCAAUUAACUAUUAUAAACAUCUACAUAAUUCUUUUUUUAUAAUUUACUUGUUUCAUUGAAACUAACUACAAUAAGUAAAAGAAUUAUUAAUUUCCUCUUUUUUUUGAUACCUGUGUAUAUAUUCAUCUUCUUAAUUGAUUUUUUUUAUCAGUAAUAAAGAAUAACAACAAGAAAGAUUCUAUUGGCUGGCAUUCUUGAUUUAAUAUUAUAAUUUUCAGAAGGAAUGAUAAUAACUUUUAAGAAAUAUUAUGUUUUUAAUCUAUCGAGAAAGGCUGAUCAAUUACCACUAUUUAUUUAUCCAUUGUGUUUGUAAAAUAAUUAAUAAUAAGAAAUUGCAUCAAUUAAUUAUGUUAAUUCUCUUUAAAAUGAUGAUAAAGUUUUUAAUUAAAAAAUGUUAUUUAGAUUAGAGGGAUGUCAACCACCAACUAUUGCAGAUAUAAUGUAAUCUUAUUAUUAUGAAAAAUUAAAAUAAUAUGUUUAAGAAAUUUAAACUAAUUUUUCAUAAAUUUAAAAGUUAUUAAAUGAAAAAAAUAAAGUUAGAACUCUUUUUGAAGAUAUAACACUUCCAUUUACAUUUAUUAAAUAUUAUUAUAUGACUUAUAGAAUUAAAAGGUAAUAACGAAAACUUAUUAAAUUGUAUUACUUUAUUUUUAAAUCUUUUGAUUCAUUCUAAAAGGAAAGCCAAUAUGAAGCUGAAUGUUUGAGAUUUAAUGUAUAAAAAUUGUUGAAUAUUUUUAGGUUU